AUGGCCCCGUCGUCGCUCUUCUUGAGCGUAGGAUCUCUCAUUGCUUCGUCCUUGGUCUCAGCAACAGCCCUGGAGGCUCGUCAAUCGCAGACGUAUCAGCUUGCAGAGUCCUGGCAGGGCGAAAGCUUCAUCAAUGACUGGAAUUUCUUCGACAGAGCUGACCCUACUAACGGCUAUGUGACAUACGUCAAUCAGAGCUUCGCUGAACAAUCCGGGUUGGUCAAAGUCACUCAGAGCGGCAGCUUUUAUAUGGGUGUCGACUACGAGAGCACCCUGAACCCCAACGGCCCCGGCCGUGAGUCGGUACGGAUCGAAACGAAAAAUUACUACACGGAGGGACUGUAUGUCAUCGAUAUCGAGCACAUGCCUGGCAGUAUUUGCGGCACAUGGCCCGCCUUCUGGUCCGUCGGUAAGGACUGGCCCAACGACGGUGAGAUUGAUAUCAUUGAGGGUGUCAACUUGCAGAAGGCAAACAAAAUCGUCCUUCACACCAGCGGCUCCUGCGAUGUCUCGGGCAGCAACGACAUGACUGGCACUCUCUCUUCCUCUGAGUGUGGCGAGGCUUCCGGCACGGUCGGAUGUGUAGUCAAGGGAACCAAUGGCAGCUCUGGCGAUCCUUUCAAUGAGGCGGGUGGUGGUGUGUAUGCCAUGGAGUGGACUGACACCUUUAUCAAGAUCUGGUUCUUCCCUCGCAGCCAGAUUCCGGCUUCUCUCUCCAGCGGCAACCCCGAUACCUCCUCGUUCGGAACCCCUAUGGCGCAUCUGCAGGGCUCCUGCGACUUUGCGGAGCGCUUCAAGGCACAAAAGUUUAUCAUUGACACAACCUUUUGCGGUGACUGGGCCGGUAAUGUUUUUGCCGAAUCCACCUGCCCCAUGAGCGAUCCCAGCAGCCCCAUGCAGAGCUGUGUCAACUACGUCGCUCAGAACCCCGCGGCUUUCAAGGAGGCUUACUGGGAGAUCAACUCCAUCAAGGUCUACCAGUACGGCGUCAGCGCUGCUUCGUCCGCCGCCGUCUCGCAAGCCACAGCCUCCAAGGUCGAAGGCACUCUGGUCUCGGUCCAGGCCGCCAAUACCGCGACGCCAACCGUUCCCGUCCCCGCUGAGACAACUGCUGUUCCCCAGCCAGCUCAGACCAACACUGUUGCGACCUCCGCUGCUGAUUACGCCACACAGUCGUCUGCCGAGACCACGACUGUUCCCGCUGCCACCGGGGCUCCCAGUGUGUCUGCGGCUGAGGGCGGCGAUUCGGAGUUGGAAUCAACUAGCACCGUCUACGUCACAUCGACUACCACUAUCUGCCCUGUCGCAGAAAGUUCAUCCGCAGCUGCCGCGGGUGGCAAGAAGGACGCUCCCUUCAACGGGGUUUCUGGCGCCGAGGUCGCUGCAACUUCCGUCGCUGCUGCUCCCGCUGCUGCCACAAGUGAGCACCCGGGUGCCGACGCCAUCGCAAAUUCUGCCGCUGCUACGUCUACUGUUGCCAAGUCGGAGGGUGUCGCAUCCCAGCUGACCGCAGGCGCUCUUUCUGAAAUCCCUACAGCACCUCCGGAACCUGUCUCCCAAGCUGUCAGCACGGGAUCCUUCGAUGACUCUGACACUGCGCAAGGCGACUCCGAAGAGCAUGGCUCUAUUGCCUCUGCAUCUGCUGCGCCUUCCACAAUCCCUGUGCCAGCCUCAUCCAGCGCUGCUGCUUUAGGUGGCUCUUCUAUCGCCAGUUCAUUCGCUUCGUCUCGUCUUGUUCCCAGACCUACUGGAAGUUCUACAGCCGCAUCCGUCACUGCCAUUGCUACCUGGUCGCCGACAGCUGGUGAAAGGGCUUCCGGCACGGCAAAAGGAUCGGCGACACUGACCGCGCCGUCUGAAGUUGUCUUCACUCCUGGCCUCAGCAACGGCGCAAACAGAAUGUCGGUUGGUCUUUCUGGUCUGAUCGGUGUUAUGUUCAUUGCUGCUCUGGCAUAG